AAUCUAGGAAUCACAAAAAGGGAAUUUUGUAUUUUUGUGUUAUAUUUGUUACGUACACACUAACCCUGCAUAUAUGAGCGGUUGCAUGCAUGCGUGUAUUUUAGUCAGCAAUGAGGUGUACGUAGACAAAAGCUACCCUUACCUUGACGGACCGUUCGGGACUGAUUGGUUCUUCGUGACGGAGACAGGAGACAAGAGCCCGCUACACUCCAUCGUCUUCUACCCAGAACAACCCGGGGACUAUGCCAUGUACUUCUUCAUCCCAGGGGCCGGAGGGUAUGUGGAGGCCGAGUUGUACACUGAGUAUCUUUCAAGGGUCGCCAGCCACGGGUUCAUCGUGAUUGGGACAGAUCUGAUCUUCCCAGCGGCGACCCCGCCCCUCUCCCCCACCCAGGCGGCAGAGUAUGCGGUCAAGUCAAACCAAAGUGACAAAUUUGUCAGUCAGUACAGAUGGAUGGAGACUAACUUACAAACUAAGUUAGCACAAAAGUCCCCGGGGGUUGGGAUCUGGUGGAACUACACAGCCUUAGGAAGUCACUCCUCGGGUGGGGACGUCGCGCGACUACUUUUAGAAUCCAAUCAUACAUUUGCCCAGAGUGCUAUAUUCCUGGAGCCAGUGGGCAUCACGUUUUCCCAGCCUAUCAACUUCUCCGUGCCGUCCCUGAUGUAUGGUGCUGAGUUGUCGGAGGAGCACAGGCCAAGGACCCCACCUUGUGUCAUCCCAGGAUUUGGCUACCAGAAAUUCUACAAACUCUGGACACCCACAAAAGUUAUGAUCGAGAGCAAGGGCUAUGGCCAUUGUGACAUCCUGGACCAGGCCGGAUGGGAAGUUUGUUCCACCCUAAAGAUCUGUGUAACCGGCAACAACACUGACUUGAAGCUUUAUCAUGACUUCAUGCAGGGAAUGACAUCCGCCUUUCUGGUCAGCACUAUGCUCGGGUACAAUGACAGUAUAGCCUAUGUUAUAGACGAGGAGCAAGGUACCAAUAACUUAUCUGCAAGAUGAAUACGAGUUCAAAUGAAAACAC